AUGGGAGUCCUCGGUAGCCUACGACGUGUUCUUUUCGUCAUCAUUGUCUGGAAGGCCGUGAGUACCGAUGGCGAGACUUUACCCAGAGACUGCAUCUGCCCACAAAUAUCAACCUUCAGUCAACUACGCGUUAAAUGUACCAAGCGCGCACUGUCCGCCUUCCCCGAGAACAUACCACCCGAAACAGUUCUCCUGCACCUGCACAGUAACAUGAUCCGCCACGUUACGUACAUCCCGCCGUUGCCUGAGCUGUACACGCUGGACCUCAGUAAAAACCUCAUCGAGACCGUGUCGUGGGGAUCCCUCUGCAACCUGCCAAAUCUGAGGUUUCUCGAGUUCGAGUCGAACAGGAUAAGAAGCGUUGGAUUAGGAGUGUGCAUCGCACGACUCACGAAACUGUUCACCGUAAAUUUGUCCGACAACCGGAUCGCGUCCCUGUCUGAGCGCGACCUGGGGGUUCCCCACAUCCAAGCCAGAGUGAUGCUGGACCACAACCCUUUCCGCUGUGACUGCAGCCUGCGAUGGCUGAUCACCAAGCUGAGAUGCCUACAGACCUGUGGUGACACUGAUUUCACAUGUCGCUCGGCUGAUCUAUGCGACGCGCCAUUUCUACCCAGCGAUACAGGCGACCUGAUCUGCAGUUCACCCGCCCGGUUUCAAAAAAGACCCCUGUCAACCCUUUCCAUCCCUUCUUCAGAGUGUGAGUCAUCUGUACGCUCUUCAACAACAUCGAAGACUUCUACAUUUAUCCCAAGCAACGACGGUAAGGGCAUGGUGAGGAGUACUAGGACUUAUGGCUCCCUACAAAGUAACCAUACAAGAGCCGGUCCAACUGAGCAAAGGGACAAACCGCACGUAACCACGGUUCAACGUGUUAAGAGUUUAUCCCCAAACGACACUGCAACAGAAGAUGGAACUGUCUCUGAAACUGUCACCAGUCGCGCGAACACCAGCACAGGGAUUGAGGACGCGUCGGUCAGUAGUGUGACGUCGACUAGUGGUGAGUCAUUGAUUGGUGCUGCUGACGUCAUCGGUAUUGUGCUAGCCAUUUUUCUAGGCAGUCUGAUGUUAAAGCUCAUCAAAAAACGGUACAAAAUUUAG